GACCCAUUACAGAGACCCGACACGGCCCAAAACCGAAUGUCCUGGUUCGCGGCUCGUUAAACCCCUAAAUUAAACCCUCUCCUCACUUCAACAACGACAGCAAUUCCCUCAACAAAUCCGCCGCCGCCGCUUCGUCGCGUCUGAAAGCUGAUGCUUGAUGUUGUGGAGGAAUCAACACCUUCAGAAAAUAUGGAGUCAGUGGUUUACUAUGAUGCCAUGAAAAGGAACCUCAACAAUGUUCCAUUUUAGUCCUAAGCAAGUGUUACUUUUACUAUAACUGUGUUUCGAAGAGUGAAACUGACUCUCGACUCUGUGUGUCUCCUCUAUCUCUCUUGCUGGUUCUCACUUUGUAAGCCUAUCUCCAAGUCAAGGACCGGAGGCCACCUCUCUCGCCCUGUGACACAAUAUGAGAGUGAAGAAACAGAAGCGUCAUAGGAAGAUAGUGCGGUUCUAUACAGCAUGUUAUGGGUUCAGACAGCCAUAUAAGGUGCUCUGCGAUGUCACUUUUGUGCAUCACCUUGUCACCAAUCGCAUCACCCCAGCGGAUAAGGCCCUUUCUAAUAUCCUUGGUGCCCCCGUCACGCUAUUCACUACCAAAUGUGCUGUUGCCGAGUUGAAGAUGCAUGGUCCAAGUCUUGGUCCCUCCCAUUCCGAGUCUCUUGAGGCUGCUAAUAGCCUCGUUACUGCAAGGUGUGACCAUGAAGAUACCAUGAGUGCUGAUGAUUGCAUCAUGGAUGUUAUUGGGAAAAAUAAUUCUGAGCACUUCUUUGUUGCUACUCAGCAGGCUGAUCUUCGUAAGAGAAUUCUCAAGAUUCCAGGUGUCCCGGUUGUAUAUGCUCUGAGAACUGCCCUUUUGCUUGAGGCACCAUCUGAUACCCAACGCCAGUUCGUGAAAACUUCUGAGGAACAACGUUUGCACAUGACCGACUUGGAAUAUAAGAUGUUGGAGAAGACUGUAAGAGGCACAAAGAAUAUGUUUGACGUUGGUUCUGGAGAUCAGUUCUUGGAAGUGCCGGCUGUUGAAAAGAGGCGUGCUACUAGGAAAGAAUUGGGUGUGAAAGAUGAAGUAUUGUUCAAAAGAAAGAAAGCAAAGGGUCCAAACCCCCUUUCAUGUAAGCCGAAAAAGACUUCGAAAGGACCUGAUUCAGGGAAGGAAAGGAAUAAUGAAGAUGCAAGUGUGAGGAGUAGAAAGAAGCGAAAGAGAUCACGGAAAGGCAAAAACCCUGUGAAGGCAGAUGGUUAAUGACCCCUCAGCAAUAUAAUGGCUUUCUUUGGUUGGCGGUUUCAUUAGUUGCUGGAAGCCAGUCCGUAAGGCAUCCUUUCCAAGGUCUCCUCAUCUCUUUGGAGCACCUUUCUAGGGAAGGAUAAUCGAGGUCUUGGAACUGGAACUACACUAUUUCUCAGAUUACUCAUCUUGUACCAAUUUCCAAAAUCAGAAAUUGCAUUGAUCAGAAUUAGUACCUCACAAUGGUACCUAUACCAGAAAGCUUUGUUUAUCCUAAAAUA